AUGCUUCAAAUAAGGCGCAAACCAGUCGCUCGCGCCGAUGGUGACCAAAGGACAGGACACCAAAUUCAUUCGAAGCCCCCGGUUGCUCUCAAAAGCUUUGUCACUAGGUUACCGCGAUCACAGACUACAAGGGACGUAUCAAACUUGACGUUUCAUACAAAAUCAGUAUCAGAUAUCCAAAUCAAUAACAAUACUGAAGAUGUACCUCUGCAAAGAUUUUGUGUCUCUCAGAUCAACGUCGAUGCCUCCUCAACAACCUCGACCUUGGAAUCCCCGACGGACUCACGUACUCAGAUAUCACAAUCGUCCAUGUCAUCGAUUGAUAUAAGCAUGCCGAAUACUCCACAAGGGAGCUACUUCAACGAGAUUGAUAUUGCUCAGCCGUCUAAGUACUGGACUGGUCGCUUUGUGUCGCUUGAAGAUCGCCUUUACGCGGAGGGGCUAUCUACUUCUCUACGAGGCAAACCAAGGCGACCGAUUCAUUCAAGCACUACUUUGAGUGGAAGCAUACAUCAAACUGGAACUACGCAACGCUCCAAGCGAGAUGAGGAUGGAGAUGUUGAACGUCGCCAACGAGUCUUUGAGUAUCUGGAAUCGUUAUGUACGUCAACCGAGGCAAAGUUAUCUUUAAGAUCAUGGCAGGAAAUGUACGCAACAAGAACCAAUCAGCCAGAACUUCAUCCAAAUUACGUGGCAAGUGCAAGACGCGGACUUGUAUCACGCAUGCUUCCCAAGAAUACCAACAAGAAGAGCCAGGUCGACAGACGCAGUAGAGACUUCUUGGAUGAGAUUUACUACGGGAAUGCUUCCAACGCAUUUGGCUUAACGAAUGCUUAUGGAAUAAACGGACGAUAUCUCACUUUCCGAUGAAGGAAAGACAUUAAAAAGAAUUCGCGGUUUGGUUUUAUCCGCGUUUCACUACACUAAUGUUGGCUGUGACAUUUCACAGGAAGUGCACAGAUGCCUUAUUUGCUUGUGUUUGCUUUUGCGGCUUGAACCUUGAAAAGAACAGGCAAUUGCGUCGAUCAUAGGGUUUGGAGAUGAACAGUAACGAGAUUUCAUUGAGCUCCUGAUUUCCCUUUGGGUACUACAUGCGUUGUGGCUGGAUAUUAAGCGGAACAGGUCUUGGGGACAUGGAUGACGCUACCAAUUAGAAACAUAACAUCUUUCAUGAGGUGCUACGCGCUGUUUUUUUUUUUUUUUGCUUUUU